UCCCGCCCACCGCUGCACUUAGAAACACAAUCAAGUUGUCAAUCAGCGGGGCUCUGGCCAAUCACUUGGCAGGGGUGCCCCUUGUUGUUCCUAAGAGGUAUUGAUUUUCACACAUGAUGGAGCUCGCGGGAGAUACCUAUUGAUUCACCUUUGAACACCUUGUUCGUUUUAACCUGGCUUUGGAUUUUUUGAAAGCACGUUUUUAAAGGCAUGUUUGUUUGUUGUUUUUUUAGACCGAUUCCAUCAUUUCAAAUAUAAGAAGACUGUGAGCAUUUGGGUUGGAAAUAGUAAUAUGGGAAGUGUUAACAAUAGUGUCUGAUGUGAUGUGCACUUUCUAAAAAGGCACAUUGUAGCGAUUAGUUUGUGUAGCGGUGCUUUACUUUGAUACGUGUGUAAAGGUGGUUAUUGUAUGUAGCAAUUGCACGUUCUAGGAUUAAACAAACAAUCGGUAACAUUACAGGGGUCGUUGUGACUGGACGAGAAUGAUGCGAAAUGUUGCGUCUUUAAUAUUAUGAACUUGAAUUGGUACAAUAACUGCUCUCCAUGAAAAGCGGGUAUUUUAAAGGUUUGCUGUAUACAGUGCGAGCAUCUCCGUGAAGGACGCAGCUAACACAGCCGAGCCGAGAGCCCCAGCCUCUUUCACCUUUGUGUUGUGAUUUCUUCUCACUCUUGUUUCCCCCCCCUUAGCAUCUGAAAAGGCAGCCCUGAAUCGAUGGCGCAGAUGUUUCUUUGACAAGACAAUAACACACACUACCGACCUUCCUGACUUUGUGCGUACUGCAGAGCUGCAGUGGAGAUGCAGAGGGGACCAGUGCUACUGAACUCAGCCCGUCGGGCACCGCGCCAAACCCCAGCCUUGCCCUGAGGGCCCCAACCAGAGUUCCAUGCAGCUCCUGGACCCCCUCAACAAGUGUGCACUCGAUGGAGCCUGAGUCCUUGUGAAUUGACAUGGAUGAUGAAGAUGGCACCUGUUUGCUUGAUGUUUUGUGUGAUCCCCAAGCCCUGAAUGACUUCUUACACGGGACCAGUGAGCAGCUGGAGACUGAAGACUUGCUCAUCAACGCUGCUGGGACAGACAGCUCCCUGUUCACUGAUUCCACUAGCCCGGCCUCCCUGCUGGCUGAUGACCCCCCUGUGCAGGGCGCCCCUCCCCCGGGCUGCGUGGACCUGUCCUUCCUGGAGGAGACUCUGCUGGGAUCUCCCCCCCGACCCCCGAGCGAGGGUCCGGGGAGCGAAGAGAGGGGCGAGGAGAGAGAGGAGGAGGAGGAGGUGGAGGUGGAGGAGGCCUGCGAUAUCCUGCGACAGAGCCUCCAGGAGGCGGAUAUCACUGAGCAGACCCUGGCAGAGGAGGCAGGCCUGGCUGCCAGAGCCCUGACCCAUCCUGGGGAUGUCCUGCCCCUGUACGAGGCCCCGGUCAGUACCCCCGCCCCUGCCGCCCCCUUCCUGCCGAAAGCACUGACUGUGCACCCACUACAUGGGCUGGUGGCAGGCCUCCAGAACAUACCCAAAGACACCCAAGGGGCGGUGGACCCCCCCCAGCCCUCCUUGAUGGCUGUUGGCCCUGGCUGCCCCUCACUCUUGGGAAAGCCAACCCCUCCCCAGCUUAUGAGCCUCCUCCCAGGGACUGUUUUCCCCACUCCGACCAUGGAGCCGCCUCUCACCCUCAACCCAGCCCACAGCUCCAGUGUUCUGAUCCAGAAGGCCCUGCCGAACUUCAAUGGGAGCUCUCUGUUCACCAGCGCCUCCAUCGCUAAUGCACUCCGAACCAACCCCCAGCCGGGCCUCUUCCUUCCCAGAGGACCCUUGAUGCCCAUCCAGCCCAAACUCCCCAUCAGCAUCCAGCCCAGGCUGGUCCAGAUCAGUCCCAAACCCCCUGGCACUGCCAUCACGACCGCCCAGCAUCCCAACCCCCCAUCGGGGCUAACCUUUGUCUCUGGUAGCCCCACACAGAACCUCCUUCUCUCUGGACCGCCACACAACAGCAUCGUCAAGCAGCAGCAACUGCAGCAGCAGCAUCCUCCUCCCCAGGGGCUGGCCAAGCCUGUCAGCUUGCAGCUCCUGAACCAAGCCGGCAGCAUCGUCAUCCAACCCCAGGGCAUCUUCCCAGCUCCCAACCAGUUCAUCCUGCCGGGACAUCUGGCAGGCAACCCCCCAGUGACGAUCCCUCAGCCCACGGCUGGAUUGACCAACCAAAGCUCUGCUGGUCAGCCCACCCAAGGGGUCAGGCGGAACUCCUCUGGUCAGGUGAUGGACACAUCCCAGAUCCUCCCCGGCCAGUUGAAUUUCGGACCGGUGUUCACAACGCCCAGUGGUCAGUUGGCAGUGAGGCAGGGCACCAUCCUCUCGGGCCCCCUCCAGUUCCAGCCUGGUAUCUUCCAGAUGCCAGCCCACCUGGCCGGAGCAUUCACCCCCCAGCCGCCCGGCCCUCGAGGGGGAGCAACGACUGUGCAGCCGCCCCAAACCUUGCUCCACAGCGCCCCCUUGGCGAACCAUAUCACAGUGCUCAACAGCUCCGGAGUGCUGGGUCGAGCAGUGAGUGUCCAGCACAGCGCAGACCUGGCCUCGCUGUCCAUUGUGAAUGGACAGCCCAUGGUCCCGGGACAGCGGCCCACACUGACUCCUCUGGUAGGAGCAGAGGGAGCCCCCAGAGCUCAGCCCUCAACAGCACACAGAGAGGAGAGUGUGCUUGGAUUGCAGGGACCCCUCAGUAAUGGGCAGCUCCUACACCUGCAACAGCCUCAAGUUCAGAACCAAAUCCACCUCCAGACUGUAAACCAAAUCCAGCCCCAGUCCCAAACUCAGCUACAGAUCCUGCCUGCCACGGUGCUCCAGUCGCAGGCUGUGUCCUCACUCCAGACCCAGGCUUCAGCUCAGCUGCUGGACCCGGCUGCUCUUGUGAAGGACAGCCUGCCGUCAGAGCCGGCAGGCCCGGGCCCUCGAGAUGUUACUGGGAACAGCGCUGACCCCAAGCAGCUCGCAGUACAGCAUCUGCAGCAGCAGGUCCUGCAGUUGCCAGACCCACCUCCUACCAGUAACACUGUAACCACUCCCUCUCUGCUUACUGGCCAAACAGUGGGCCUGCCAUCCACACCAACCAAUCACAGAGAAACAGCAGCCCCCACUAAUCCUGUGAUUGGACAAGCAGUGACCCUCUCCUCUCCACUGGCCAAUCAGAGGCAGGCAGUGACGCCCACUCCCCCAGUGAAUGGACAGGCAGGGGCCCUGUCCUCCCCUCUCCUCGGACAGACAGUGACCCUCACAAGCUCACAGAGUGGGGCGACUGUGACCCUGCUGACCCCAGUGAGCCCCCCACAGACUCACCUGCCCCCCUCUGUGCAGCAGUCCGGUCUCUCCGUGCAGCCUCAGCCACCUCCCCAGAUGCUCUGCCGGAGCAAGCCCUCUGCUGUCAUUGCGGUGGACGGGAAGCUGAGCCUUGGGGUUGAACCCGAAUCCCAUCAAAUUCAGGGGCUGGUCCAGGGCCUAUACAGCAAGCCACUGGGGCAGCCAGGACCACAGCGUCCAGCCCUGACGGUGAGUGUGGAGAGGUGUGUCGUCACUCAGCUCACAAGACAAAGGUUUCAGGAGCAGUUGCGCUGUCAUCAGAGCUCCGUGAUGGAUCCCGACUGCACGUCUGCAUUCGUCUCGCUCCAGGACACACUCUGCCGGCUCCUCCCCUACCACACCUGCGUGGGGACACUGCCCUCAACGGGGGAAUUCCACAUAGUGGAUGAGCAGUUUGGAGUGGUGUCCAGCCUGCUGCUGAAACGCACCCAGGAGAUGCUGAGCAAGUACCGGCUGCUGCUGCUCCAGGAGGCCAGGCAGGUGAGUCCGUCGGCAGAGAUGGUCAUGCUGGAGCGCUUGUUCCUGCAGGACGAAAGGAGCGGGCUGGGAGAGGAGCGGAGGAGAGCCAGGCUGGACCCGGACGGCUACAUCGCCUCAAUGUACAAACCUGCUUCCAGCCUCUCUCCAGCCGCUACAUCUGUCACGGCCCCCGGCUCGUCUGUGAUCUCUCCCCUGCGCGGGGCCUCCAGACUGGGCCGGGGCAGCCCGCCCUGCCCCCCUCCCCGAGGGCUGAGGACAUACCCUUCCAGCAGCCGGGGGGGGCUGAAACUCACCAUCAAGCAGGAGGCCGGCUCCAGGAAAGUGGUGCGCAAUUCGGCCUGCGAGCCCCAGGGAGAGGCCACUACAGCUGGGCACAGCCGGGAGCGAUUGGGGGGGCUGACGAACGGGAACUCCACUCGGGGACAGCAAUGGGAUGGUUUGGAUUUCAGGGAAGCUGUCCCUCCUCCUGCCUCCCCCCCUCUGGUUCCCAAAGCUAUGGAUCGCCAGGACUUGUUUGACGCCUGCCGGAAUGGGCCGCUGGCGGAGCGGAUAUCGGUGGCACAGGCUGGGCCCCCAGUGAAGCAGCAGGAGGCGGCAGGGCCUGUGUUUUCUGGCCGAAGGACAGUAGAAGACUCUCCGGAGGCCUCCUGGGGCCAGCCCCCUCCCCACGCCAAGCGCCCGCGAUCGGAGGCAGAGGACCCGGGCUGCAGGAGCCCCCCGGACGACAGCGCCCUCACCGAGGACCUCCAGAGCGCCAUUGACAGCAUCCUGCUGCUGCAGAGACUGCAGGGCCGCGGGACCUCGGCACUGGAGGAGGCCGUCAACAGCAUCCUGGAGGAGCAGAUGUAG